UCUGACUCAAACCUCUCUGGGCUUGACUACUCUCUGGGCCUACCCUCCACUCCUCUCCUACCCACCACCACUACCAAGCUCACUCUCUCGCCUCCUGUAAACUUUGCCCCUGAAAGAUCUGUAGUGAGGAAUGACCGGCAUCUGAGUCUGCUGGUAUGCUGGUGCCUUAUAACUGGCAUACUUUAUUUAUGAAGUCAGCUAGACAGACAGGAAGGAAGGGAGGAGGGGCUAGCUUCAAACAGAGUGAGUGUGUGUGAGAGAGAGCAAUACCAAAACACACAGAGAAAUCAACGGAAGGGCAGGGCAGGACUAGAAAGAAAGAGAGAAAGCGGUAGAGAACGAUGUGAGCCGAGGAAGUAGGAGUGUCUUGGGUUACAGGAGUGUUAAGGCGUUUGGGUUUGUUGGCGAGGAUCGUAGCUGGGGAUCUAUUUUUCCUCUGUGUCUGUAUCCCUCCUCCCUGCCGUGGACCCCAGGAGAGGUAGGGGCUGGUGGGACAGGGGCGUGGGGUAACAUGGGACAGAAUGCAAGCAACGCUGAGACAGUGUCCCAGCAACACCAACAGCAACCUGCUCAACACAACACCGAUGAUGAGGUGGACUUGCAGCAGAGUACGACAGGGAGUGAGGGGGGGAACUCAUCAGGCGGAACCCCUCCCUCCAAACGCAAGGGCAAGUUCUCCAGCUUCGGGAAUAUGUUCAAGCCCUGGAAGUGGAGGAAGAAGAAGAGCAGUGAGACGUUUCUGGAAACCUCAAUAGUGUUGGAGAGGAAGAUCUCAGUAAGGAGACCUCGUCAGGAGCUGAUCGACAGAGGAGUGCUGAAAGAACUCCCAGAGAAUGAGGGCAACGAUGUGAACCAUUMCAAAGGUUUGGUGGUGAAGAAUGGCCUGCCAGUACCUAUGGAUGUUGACCGGGUCUCAGAGUCAGGGAUCAAGGUGUCCCGGGGGGAGGCAGGCCCAGGGCUUAACCCCACCUGGCUACCCCGGGGAGAGGACCCACAGCGGGGCAGCGUCCCUUCAGACGACCCCCGGAGCAGGAGCCGGGUGCCCUCUGACGCCUCACGCUCCAACCGAGCCCCACUGGACGUAGACUCACACGCCAGGCUAUCGGUCAUAGAUCUGGAGAGACGGAGUAGAGUGCCGUCUGACAUGUCAGAGAGGAGAGGAGGGUCACUACUGAGAGGACCUGCUCCAGAGGAGGGGAGGCAACGGAAAGAGGAUAAAGAGGACAAGAGAGAGGAGAGGAGAGAAGGGAAWGAGGACAAGAGAGAUGACAGAAGAGAGGGAAAAGAGAGAAGAGAUGAUCGUGAGAAAAGAGACGACAGGAGAGAUGACCGGGAAAGAAAAGAUGACCGGUACAAGAUAAUCGUUCGUGAAAAGCCAGACGAAAGGGGGGAGGAGAGGGAUAGGAAGAGGAGUCCUCCUAGGGCUGCUAAACCAGAGACCCUCUUGAGACCUAUAGAAGAGUGUCGUCCUGUGGUCAGACUUCACUCUGAGAUGGAGCUAAGGCAGAGUCUCCAGAAGACCUCAGAGGACCUCCGUAGCAGGGUCCGCCCUGCCUCUGAGGCUUACCGCGGGAGCACCCUGCCCAGGUACAUGCCAUCUGAGGAGACCAAAGGAGGGGAGACCCGCGGACGAGCAGAGUCCACUGGUGUCCGCUUCGCCCCUGGCCACACCCCAGAUCCUGACUCCACCCGUGACUCCUCCCGUAGAGAGCCGCCUCCUACUAAACAGGCCAUGCUCCCUCCUAAGAGCCACCCCACUAUCACCACCUCCACGGAGCCUGUCCGGACCUCCACCCCACCCUCCUCCUCUACCUCCCCUGCUGUAGCGGUGGCCAAGCCCGCCAGGACUGUCUCCCUGGUCAUCAGUGAUGACCCUCCUCCCACCCACUCCAACCCUGUUCCCCUUGUACGGUCCAGCCAGGUACCCCCCUCCUCCACCACGGGGGAAUCGGCCACUCCUCCACCCGUACCCCCCCAUGCCAAGCAGCCACCUGUACCCCCACCCAAACCCACCAACCGCAACAGCAACCCUGCUCUGCUUGUGUCCACAUUGAACAGUGSCUCCAGGGUCCACGGUCCCCUUUCUCCUCACUACUGUACUAGCUGGAGAAGGCAGGGGGAGCUGGGCCUGUACCUUUCCCUGCCCACCUACCUCCACAGCCGACGGGCUGAACAAGCCUGCUCAGCGGAGCUCUCUCAGGCUGGCAGUGGUAUCAUUGUUGUUCCUGCCCCCACCAGGCGCUCUCCACCCACUCCGCCCAAGAGGAUGACCCCCGUCACCAAGCGCCUCUCCGACGACCCGUCCCCUGAGGCAGAGGCCUCCUUCCCCUCUAGUUCUGCCCCUGUUCCAGUCCCCAUACCUACUGUCUCUGUACCCCCCAGCACAGACCGAGACGGCACCAGGGACACCCUCAGAGCAGUAGGGUUCCAACUACCCACCUCUGACCCUGCACCACGACCUCUGCCCCAUAUACCCAUGUCCACUCCUAGCUCCCACCCCUACCUACCUCUCCCCAACCCUGUCUCCGUCCCCCUCCCUAUCCAUCAGAAGGAUCCUCCCAGCCCCACCACAGAGCCACCCAGCCACCCCCCAGCCUCAGUCCCAGCCAUCCCCCUUCACAUCCUGAUCCAGCGGGCCCUGUGCUCCCCCAGCCCGGCUCAGGCUAAACCAGAUGGGUCCCAGAGAGCCCACUCCAUGCUGUUUGAGUCCCCCCCAGAGUUCCUCACUGAGGCUGGAGGCCGACGCUCCCUACCCGUCACCAUAGAACCCCUCAGACUACCUGAGGAUGAUGACUUUGACAUGGAGGAGGAGUUGGAGAAGCUUCAUCCCAGACGGAUGCUGCCCCCCAGGCAGCCUGAGCUGGAGCCCAGGAGCAGGAGGGGUCUGGUGGUCGAUCCCAGGGUCAGUGUAAUCCCAGAGGGCCGGGGGCCCGGAGACAGCAGUGAGGAGGAUGAGGAGACAGACUCUGACGGACCCAUCCUCUACAGAGAUGACGAUGAAGACGAGGACGACGAUCCACCAAGUGCCUUGGCCAGCCGUGUGACAAGGAAGGACACCCUGGCUCUGAAGCUGGAGAGACAGCAGGAGAGAGAGGAGCAGGAGGGAGGAGAAGGACAAGACGGAGUCGGCUUGCAGAGCAGGGAGCAGUGGGAGGCACUCAAGAACAAGAUCGGUACCACRCUCAACAGGAGGUUGAGUCAGAGACCCACAGCAGAGGAGUUGGAGCAGAGAAACAUCCUUCCAGCCAGGAACGAAGCUGAUAUCAGGGCAGAGCGGAGCGAGAUCAAACGCAGACUCACCAGAAAGCUGUCCCAGAGGCCCACCAUAGCAGAGCUUCAGGCCAGGAAGAUCCUGCGUUUCCAUGAGUACGUAGAGUGUACCACGACUCAAGACUACGACCGCCGUGCAGACAAACCUUGGACCAAGCUCACUCCCUCCGACAAGGCUGCCAUCCGCAAGGAACUGAACGAGUUCAAGAGCUCUGAGAUGGAGGUUCACGAAGAGAGCAGGAUCUAUACCAGAUUCCAUCGGCCUUAGCUGUUCUCCCUGGCCCGGCUGCAGAACAAGUGCAAUACUGAGCCGGGGGGUUGCAGGACUGCAAUACGGAGCACACAGACCCCUGGUGACUGCAAUUUCCACAGCCCCCUGUCCUGGCACAAGCCUGUUCCUCUCCUGUAAGGAACACUGUUGAUGGCUACAUCUGAAACUACGGACUAGAGGUAUAGCCUGUCUGUAACCAUGGACUAUGGAUGUGGCCCCUCAGUCCAUCCAGUCAUUGUUAAAACAAGGGACUAUGGAUGUGGCCACUCAGUCCAUCCAGUCAUUGUUAAAACCACAGACUAGAAGUGUGGCCUAUAGAUAAACGACUUGCAUCUAAAACCAUGGACUAGGGAUUUGGCCUCUUGGCCAAACCACUUACUGUUAAAACCAUGGACUAGAGGUGACCUCCAUCGGUCCAACCCCUUGCAUAUGAAUCCAUGGGACUACUGGUACUACUGUACUCCAGCGUUGAUCUGUCGGACCAGACAACCCACAGGGAGAGCUGGAGAAGAACUAGCUGAACGAGGUGUAGUGGUUUAGGCCUAUUUCAGUUGCCAUUUUGUAGGUUCGUUGUGCCAACACUGACUAUCAGAAUAGGAAGGACAAGAGGGACAGACGGCGAUUGUGACAAAGGAUGUCCUGUUUUGUUCCACACAUCACCUCCAUUCUCUGUCGUUCCCUAAAGCAAGAAUGUUCCCAAGAGGCCUUUACUGUACCUGGUUUUUAGAGUUCCUUCAACACUUUGCCCUAUUUUUAUUUGAGAACAGAAAAUAAUUGUAUACGUGUUGAUUGUUGAUCAUGACGAUGGUCAACAUUAGUACACGGUAGUAUUAAUGAUUUAUUGUUCAACUAAAUGUGAUACAGAACUUUGUUAGACUACAUGACGCUGGUGAAACCCUCAAACGUGUGUUUAUGGGUACCCAAUGGUACCGACCUUAUUUCUAAUGGGACAAUACAUGGAGUGGUACGGAAACUGUAUGGAGUAAAUGUGAAAUGGCUAUAGCUAGCCUACAUGUCGGUGAUGGGUUUAGUUGUCCAACCACAAGACAUUAGUUAAAUUGAAACUCAAAUGUAGUGUCUGCUAGUCAGCUAUCUAGCUGUGUUACAUAGACCUUAUUCAGCAUCGCUCCAUUUUCCCAAACACAAUGAUGUGCAUUUUAACUGUGUUCUGUUGAUUAUCUAAGUGAUUUUGUGACAGCCCAUAAUAUAAGCUGACUAAUCGUUUGUUCAGCGUAGUAAUAAGGAACCAUAUUGUUAAAAUGGACAUUUAAAGUAAUAAAAAAUAAGGAAGUUGUACAAUUUGAAACGUUAGAACUAAUAUAAUUUAAGACACAACCUAAAGCUUACAUACACUAUAAUUAUUUAACGGUUGGUGUUGAAAGACUGCGGCAGGAACAUGGAUAUAUUUUUACUUCACAUUGUUUAAUGUUACUUUGUGUAUGUAGGUCAUUGGUUGGCCUCAGCUGUAUAGACUUAUCCUGUAGAUUGAUUUAAUUGACUUUAUAUUAUGUCUUCCUAAUGUUAACACAAAUUUGAUUUUAAAUGUAAUUAAAGAGUUACAACAGUGCUAUUUUCUAAUAAUGUUACAGAAAUUGGUACCGAAACAGGGUUCCCUUAUUUUACAGAUGUUUUGUUUUUUAUAAAGAGAUCUUUAAAAUGAUUUGCAAACCUACUGUAUAAAUGAAUGGUCAACUCGCACUCAAAUUAAAAUAAAUGGUUUAUCAUCC